AUGAAUGGAAUUAUAUUACGUAAAAUAUUUGCAAUGUUAGGCCCAAACGGAACGGGAAAAACAACAUUAAUGCGUGUAAUAUUAGGACAAUUAAAAUUAAAAUCGGGCACAAUUGAGGUGUUUGGUAAAAUGGCAGGAUCAGCAAGUUUGGGUAUUCCCGGACCGGGUGUCGGGUAUAUGCCUCAGGAGUUGGCGUUAUUUGAUUAUUUCACAAUUGGAGAAAUACUUUAUUAUUACGCAAUGAUAUAUCACAUGACACGCGAAGAAAUUGAUGAAAGCGUUAAUAAUUUACGAGAAUUAUUGCAUUUUCCGGAAAAUUCUCGAAUAAUUAGUCAAUUAAGUGGUGGACAACAGCGCCGGGUGUCGAUCGCCAUAACAAUGUUACACAAACCCAGACUCGUUAUAUUGGAUGAGCCCACUGUUGGUGUGGACUCUCUGCUCAGGCAUAGGAUAUGGCAAUACUUGGAAAAUAUGUGCGAUAAAUACGGCCAAACAGUGAUAAUAACAACACAUUAUAUAGAAGAGGCCCGGAGUGCGCAUAACGUAGCUUUUAUUAUGUCAGGCGCUGUAUUGAGACAAUCAAAUCCCCAACAAUUGAUGGAUGAAUACCAGUGCCCGACACUGGAGGACGUGUUCCUACAGUUGUGUCACUCUAAAGAAAACACCGAUAAUUUAAAUAAAGAUACGAAAUGCUCGGGCAAUACAAACAUUUAUUUAGACAAUAAUGACAUUAUAACUCCAAUUGAGGAAAACAUAAAUUACAAAAACAAUGCAUUUAUUGAUUGGCAGCGAAUGAAAGCAAUGUUAAUAAAGCAAACAAUUAUGAUUAAACGGCGGCCGCUAUUUGUGUGCGCCUAUUAUGGCCUAACCAUUAUAGGUAUAAUAGCGAUGAACAUGAUAAUAACCCAAGACAUUAAGCACAUACCGUUUGGCGUUUAUAAUAGCGAUGUGAUCAAUGAUAAUCAAACAUCAUUAUCACGUUUAUUCAUUGAUUCAUUGGAUUUAAAUAAUGUGCGUUUAUCUCAUUACCCAUCGAGUGAUAGCGCCGUUAAGUCGGUUAUAAAUGGCAGCAAUUAUUUGGUGUUUGAAUUUCGGGACAACUUUUCCAACAAUUUUGAGACACGAGUAACUGAUAUGUUUGACGCCAGCAAUGAAUCCAUUGAAAAUGGCAUUAUUCAUCUCUAUGUGGACUUUUCAAACAUACAUAUUGGUUAUAUGGCUGUUAAAUAUCUACUAACUGGAUAUAAUAAAUUCAUAGACAAAUUAGGCCUAAUGUUAAAUAAGACAAGAAUAAGUGAGCAAUUAUCUACAAUAAAUAUCAUCGAGGUGUUUAACGGCGAUUUGAGCAAAGUGGGUGUCACGUUUAUGUUUCUCGGACCGCAAAUGUUUAUAUUUAUGGAAUUUAUUUGGGGUAUGCUUUUAUCGGCGUUCAUCAUGGUAAACGACAAAUCGACGAACGUAAUGAACCGGGUAUUUGUGUCCGGCGUGACUGAGUACGAGUAUAUGGGCGCUCAUAUACUUAUCAACGGUAUCAUUAGUGUCGGUCAAGUGUUACUCUCUAUGCUCUUUGUGUUUGUAGUGUUUGCCGUUCAACAAUCGGGAAUGGGAAUUUUUACCGGUUUAUUGCUCGCUAUUAUUCUGGCCGACCCCAUUUCCGUAGUGGUUGCUACUUGCAGCAUAAUGUGUAUGGUGUUAACCAUAUCGGGUGUCGUUUGGCCCAUUGAGACCAUUCACCCAUUGUAUCGGUUCAUAGCAUACUCCAGUCCAAUAACAAUCCCAAUACAAUCAUUUCGUAAUAUAAUGGUGAGAGGUUGGACGUUUACAGAGCCCGAUGUUUACCAUGUACCAGUAGUUAUUUAA